AUGCAAGGUAAGCCACGAUGUUGCAAGAGGCAUUUAAGAGGUAACUUUGUGAAACAGGAAGAAGAAUCUCGAAUACCGCAAGCCUCAAAUACAACAACUUUAACGGCUAUGAAACUUCAUCUUCUCUUGGAUGAUUUGCGAUCAUUCGCGAGGAAAGGAUCUUUGAACUUUAAUGUUCCUGGUGCCUUAAGUGAUACUGACUGUAUUAGACUGACCGGUAUAACUGCAUCAAACUUCGAAAAUCUUUUUCAAUGCGUGAAAGGAUCUAUUAGAAACACAACUGCCAGAAGUUCUCGAACAUGUCUUGCUAUACUUUUGAUGAAACUCAGAACUGGACUAUCACACUCCUCCAGAUGCCACGGAGAUACAUAG